AUGUCUGUUGCUGAUUUUUAUGGUUCCAAAGUAGAGGUAUACCUCAAUAAUGAAGAUGUUGCACAAGGGGUUAUUGCAAACUUUGAUGCAGCAAAUGCGGCGCUUCAAUUAAGACUCUCGGAUAAUACUACAAAAAGCAUAGUUACGUCGGACAUAAAAAACCUAAAACUUGUACCAAGUGUCCCUGGUUCACCCUCACCAUCGUCAAAAAAGAAUAACUCAAAGCCGGCUUCCAACACCAAUUUAGGAAACACACCUAGCAAAUCAAAGACAAAGAAUGAUUCUUCUAAAGGUCAAUGGGCUAUGGAUUGUGAUGGCGAGUUUGACUUCGCAGCAAACUUGGAGAAAUUUGACAAAAAACAGAUAUUUGCAGAAUUUCGGGAAAAAGAUAAGAAAGACCCUACAAAAUUACUCGUGGCGCACAACAAAAGCCACCAUCCUACAAACUAUCAUCCCAACGAGAAUGUUUUGGAUUCUAACGAAAAAGAGAUUUCCUCAGACUCAAAAAACCCAAGCCCUUCCUUUACCAAGAAAUUUAGAAAUAACAUCGAUGCUUCCUUGGCUUCCUUGAUGAUUAAUGAAUCGUCUUCGAAAGGAUCAAACUCCAAAGUUGGUUCUAAUUUUGAAACUUCAAACAAAAAGGACCGUCAUGGUCAGUUAGCUCCGACAGUUAUACGAACAGUGUCUGGCGAAAAAUUAAGCACAGUUCAACCCGAUAUACUCGCACAGGCUGUAGCAUUAGCUAUUGCGAAAACGAGCACAGAUAUCGUCAUUGAAAAUGCUGCUCAGAUUAUUUCCCAAUUUAUAUACUCUGUCUUGGGUGGACAUAAACGAUUCACGGCUUCUAACCAUAACUCCCAGCCUUUAGUUUGUAUCGUCGUGGGUCAGCAUGACCAUGCAUCCGCGGCUGUUGCAGCUGGAAGAAGACUCUGUGCUAUCGGUGUAAACGUGGUUCUUCGUUUAUUGACACCUUACAAUGUUGAUAACAAGCAAUUACUCAUGUUUUUAGCCGCUGGAGGACAUAUGCCAAAUGAAAAUUUUGCUGAAUUUGUUGAUAAGUUUUCUUCUCCGAUUGAGCUAAUUGUCGAUACUGUCAGCGGUUUCCACUCUGCUAAUGACAAAAAAACAACUUCUUUGAUCAACUGGAUAAACAAACAAAAUGCCCUAGUGCUAUCUAUCGAUAUACCUUCUGGUUACGCUUGCGAGCAAUCAGAUGCCGUUGUUCAGCCAAAGUGGACUUUAGCUUUAGGGGCUAUUAACACUACAUUAGCAAAAGCAGCAUUUGUUGAUCAGAGUGCUGGUGUUUCCGUGUUUGUUGGGAACCUUGGAACUGGUGUACAUACUUGGAAUGAAUUGGGGGUUGCCGAUUCUCAAGUCAAUGGUCAGUAUCUUACACAAGUAACCUGCGAGGAUUCUGAGUGA